CUGGCUGGGAACGACAUGUGUCUACGCAUCGGUGGCCUGAGUGUGGGUGAGUUCCGGAAGGUGCUGAUGAAGGCAGGUCUGGUGUUGGUCGUGCUGGGCCACGUGAGCUUCAUCGCAGCUGCUGUGCUCCAUGGCACCAUGCUGCGCUUCGUGGCCACCACCAGUGACGCCGUGGUUCUACAGUACUGCGUGGUGGACAUCCUGUCGGUUACCUCCGCCAUUGUGGUCAUCAUCGCGGGAAUUGCUGCCGUCGUCCUGUCUCGCUACCUCCCCAGCACCCCCUUGCGCUGGGCCGUGUUUAGCCUGAGUGUGGCCUGUGCCCUCCUUUCUCUGACCUGUGCCCUUGGACUCCUGGCCUCUAUCGCGGUGACCUUUGCCACCCAGGGCAGGGCACUACUGGCAGCCUGCACUUUUGAGAGCCCGGAACUCCUGACGUUGGCACCUGAUUGUCCCUUUGACCCUACUCGAAUUUACAGCUCUAGCCUGUGCCUCUGGGUCAUCUCUCUCGUGUUCUGUGUGGCGGAGAGCGUGUCUGCCAUGCGCUGUGCCCAGCUCGUGCGUCGGCUGCUGGAACUGAGGCCCUGGUGGGGAAAAGACUGCCACCACACGAUACAAGCGAGCCCAGAGCCCCUGGACGGCCAUGACCUACUGAGCUGUGCCAGCUCUGUGCAGCUGACCCUCUGACAUCUCAACAGCGCCAUGGCUACUGAGGUGACACGUGACCAAGCCUGCACUGACUAGUGCCCCAACAGCCAUGGAAGCCUAGAUGGAUGGAGACA